AUGCUUUAACCAAAAUAAUUGCAUAUACCUACGGUUCCGUAGAUAUAAGAAAAUGAAUAUUCAAAAUAAUCAUUUGAAGAUAAUGUCUUGAAAAUUUAGAAUGAUUCAUUGGCAACUAGAUUGGACUAUUUAAAAAAAACAAUAAAAGAACAAAAAUAAAUAAUCACAGAAUUAGUUGAGAGAGAAAUAAGACAUUAAAAAUUUUUCAGUUUUUUGGAAAUUGUAUGGAGAGGGUUUCUUUAAAGAAGUUUGAGAAUAGAAAGUAUUGUAAAGAAAAAAGGACUUUUGGAAAACAAAUACUUGAAUGCUUUUUAAUAUUUGGAUGAUGUAAGAUAAUAAAAAUAUAUAUUUAGAUUUUUAAUAGUCAAUAUUUACUUUGUAAUAAUAUAGAAGGUCAAUUCAAAAAAUAAAUAAGUCAUAAAUUUGAGUAAUUUUUGAGAAUAAUAGAAAAUAUAUAUUUUGAAAUAUCUCUAGAAUAUAGUGAAUUUAUGGAUAUGAUUAAGGAGAGAACAAAUUAAUUAUUAGAUUUAGAAGAGUAGGAUUAUAUGGCAUAUGUAAAAAAAUUAAUAAGUACAAAUAAAGAUAUAAUGAAAAAGAAUUAAGAUAUAGAAUAAAAUUUGAAAUAGAUAUAAAAAAUAAAGGAAAAAAAAUUAAGUGAUUUAGAUGGUUAAAUAGGAUUUUAAACAAUUUAUUAGUUAUAAUCUUUGAUUGCAGAUGGUAAGAAAUAAAAUGAAAUUUUGAGUAGAAGAUUAAGAAUUUUGAUGAAUUAUAAUGAAAAAUCUAUAAAUUAAAAAUUGAUUGAAGAAGAAGAAAAUUAUGAAUGUAUUUGUGGAGGAGUUUAAAUGAGAUAAAUUGGAUUCAAUAAUCAAUUAGAUUUUGUUAGAUAAUCAUAUGAUAAUAGUGAAGAUCGAUAAUUAUAAUUAACAAAAUUGGAUAGAAAAAAUUAAUUAUAAAAUAAUUUUAUUAAUUCAAUUUAAUAAUUAUUAUUAAAAACAUUAAAGAGUAAAUAAUUAAAAAUCACAGCUAUUGAAGAUGAUUAAAUUAAUGUUACAUUUUCUUAAUCUGAGAUUAAAGAUUUAGAAUAAAUUUUAAAUACCUAUUAGAUAUUAUAAACAUAAAAUAAAAAAUACUAAUAAUAAGUAACAUCAUAAUUAGUGAAAAUUAAAGAAUUAGAAAUUAAUAAUGAAUAUAGAGAAGAUCAAUUUGUGGAAUCUGAAACUUUUAGUAUUUUACAAUCUCAAAAUAUGAAUUUAAUUGAUGCAAAUUCUUAAUUAACUCAAUAAUUGUAAAAUUUAUAAACUUAGUAUUAAGAAUUAACAAAUUCAAAAUAAUUUGAUAUAAAUUAAUUGAAAAAUCUUUAUGAAAUUGAAAUUUAGAAAUUGACAAGUGAAAUUUGUUAAUUUAAGAAAUUUUAAAAUGAUUAAUAAUUUGGAAUUAGAAAUGUAUAUCAUGAAUGUGAGAGAUACAAUUAAAAUUUGAAAGAGAGAUAUGAUUAAGCUUAAAAGAUAAUAGAUGCUCAAAGUGGUGAAAAUAAUGUAUUAAAGUCGGCUAAUAAAGAGUUGAGAAAUACUUUGGAUGAAUUAACAAAGUAAUAAUAAGAACUUUAAAAUAAAUAAAAUGAGCUUGAAAUGGUAUAUAUAUAUAUAUGAAAUUGAUAGAAAAAUGUUCUAAUAAUGGCUAGAAUUCCAGGAGAAUUUAAUAUUGAUUAAAUAACCUUUAGACAUAAUAAACAUAAAGAAUACAUAUAAGAAACAUUAUAAAUUAUAAAUAGACAUUAACCAUAAUUUAAAGAGAAAUUUUAAGAAUUAAUUGGUUAUAUAAAAACUAGAGAUUAAAGAAUUGAUUAGUUUGAAAAAGAAAUAAGCAAAAAGGAUAAAUAAAUUUAAGAUUAAAAAAGACAUUUAUAAAUGAUGAUGGAUGAAACUGAUUAUAAUUCUAAAAUAUAUGAAGAAGUUAUGGCUAAAUCUAAAAUGAUUGAAUAAUAAUUAUCAAUCAAAGAAAAAAAUGAGGCUGUUUUAAUCCAAGAUAAAUAAGCUGAAAAAACCAAAUUUGAAAAUGAAAGAAUUUAAUUCAAAGAAAAAGAAAGAUAAUAAUAAGAAUUAAUUAAUUAGUUAUAAUAAUAAAGAAAUAAUUAAACCUAAUUGAUUUAAAAAUACUCUUAAGAGAAAUAUUAAGUUGAUUAAAAUCAUGGAGAAUUAGUUAAAUAAUUAGAAUUAUAUAAAUCAUAAUAUGAAAAAUUAUUGUCAGAAUAAAGUACUAUUAAAAUUGAAAGAGACUGUUAUUUUUAAAAGAUUUAAAAAUCAAAAUUAAUUAAUGAGGAAUCUUUACUUGAAAUAGAUAAAUUAAAAUAAAAGAUUAUUGAAUUAGAAAUUAAUAUUGAAUCUUAAUAGUCCUUACUAGAUAAUCCUGCAUAAUUAGAAUAAAUAAAAGGAUAUCUUAUUUUAAAGAAAGAUGAUUCACUUUUAGAAUAGUCAUAAAUGUAAAAAGUUAAAACCACUGCAUGUUGUAGUGAUUGCAAAACACAAUUAAAAGAAGUAAUCAUAUAAAAAUGUAUGCAUAUGCUUUGCAAAUCAUGUGGGGAAAUUGCUUAAUUAAAGGAGUCUUGCCCAAUUUGUAAAAUCAGUAUAAAUAUCAUUGAUAUAUGGGCAACAAAAGUGUAGGAAUGAAAAAUAGAG